AGCGCAGAGGAGCAGCGGGGAAGGAAGUUAUUAGUGUACUGAGCUCCAGUUCUGCGCUGUCGGAGGAUAUCCUUCUCCCUCGAACUCUCAAAUUCCAAGGAUUUUUAAUGUUGUUCUUUUCCACCUCUCCUCUUCGUCGUCUCGUCUCCGUGCGGACCCGUCUAUUCCUGCAUGUCUUUGAGGGGUUUUCAUGUGUGUGCAGAAUUACGCAUCACCUUUGGAAUGCCAAUCCACUGUGAUUUUGGGAAUACUGUCCUUCAGCGCUUCUAAGACUCGCUUUGUCCCGAACUUUUUAUGCGUUUCAGUUGGGAUCGUUGCGCGCGUUUGGCACAGUUAACCGAUCAACUCUGGACAUUUAAAGGAAUCGCACUGUUAAGAGCGAUAAGUAGUACCGCACGGAAAGUUUCUCUCUCUCUCUCUCUCUCUCUCUCUCUCUCUCUCUCUCUCUCUCUCUCUCGCGCGCGCGCGCGCGCUGUACAUCCUGUUUAAAGCCGCUGUGUCGCCAAAGCGACCGAUGGGGCGCGAACGUCUGCGCAAAUAGAGUGCCAAAUGUGCGUUCUGAUGCUUCAGUAUCGUAACCAUCUUUUUAAACGACUGCAAAACUAACGAUACAGCCUAAUAACCGCGAUUUUCUCUCUCGGAAACUGUUGGAUUAUAAAGAGGACACUAGAGGCUCCAGUGGACUGCGCUUUUACGCACCGAUUGCGCGUCAUGAAGCUGCCGUCCGGACACACUGUGACUUUACGUCCGCACAACUCUCAUCCUGAAUCCCACUCCUCCGUCAUCGUGAUGUUUUGAUGCUGUUCAUUUUUGGUUUACAAAUAUGAUGAAAUGGCAGCCCCGGAAGAAGGCAUACUUCCGACAGGGUGUUGCCCUUCAGUAUCUGGGGCGUCAUGCGGACGCGCUGGCUGCCUUCGCCUCUGGACUGGCACAAGACCCCAAGAGUCUCCAGCUGCUGGUGGGCAUGGUGGAGGCCGCCAUGAAGUCACCACUGCGAGAAUCUUUGGAGCCCACCUACCAGCAGCUUCAGAAGAUGAAACUGGACAAGAGUCCUUUUGUGGUGGUGUCUGUGAUUGGCCAGGAGCUUCUGACCGCCUCCCAUCACGGCGCCUCAGUGGUCGUCCUGGAAGCGGCGCUGAAGAUUGGCACCUGCAGCCUCAAAUUGCGCGGCUCUGUUUUCUCCGCGCUCAGCAGCGCCUACUGGUCGUUGGGCAACACGGAGAAGAGCACCGCCUACAUGCAACAAGACCUGGAAGUGGCCAAAACUUUAGGUGACCAGUCAGGCGAGUGUCGCGCUCAUGGUAACCUGGGGUCGGCCUUAUUCUCCAAGGGGAAUUAUCGCGAAGCCUUGAGCAACCACAGACACCAGCUCGUCCUGGCCAUGAAACUCAAGGACAGAGAGGCGGCGUCUUCAGCUCUCAGCAGUCUGGGUCAUGUCUACACAGCGAUUGGCGACUACCCCAACGCCCUGGCCAGCCACAAGCAGUGCGUCCUGCUGGCCAAACAGUCUAAAGAUCAGCUCUCUGAAGCCCGGGAGCUGGGCAACAUGGGAGCCGUCUACAUCGCAAUGGGCGACUUUGACAACGCCGUUCAGUGCCACGAACAGCACCUGGGCAUCGCCAAGACCCUCUGCAACAAACGGGAAGAGGCACGUGCCUACAGCAACCUGGGGAGCGCUUAUCACUACCGUCGCAACUUUGACAAGGCCAUGUCCUACCACACACACGUGCUGGAGCUCGCCCAGGAGCUGGAGGAGAAGAGCAUUGAGAUGAGGGCAUACGCAGGGCUGGGUCACGCCGCUCGAUGUAUGCAGGACCUUGAGAGGGCAAAGCAGUACCAUGAACAACAGCUCAGCAUCGCUGAAGGCCUCAAGGAUCGUGCCGCAGAGGGCAGGGCUUCAUCUAACCUGGGAAUCAUUCACCAGAUGAAAGGGGAUUACGAAACUGCUCUGAAGCUGCACAAGGCUCAUCUCUCCAUCGCCCAGGAACUAAAUGAUUACGCCGCCCAGGGCAGGGCGUAUGGAAACAUGGGCAAUGCUUACAAUGCCCUCGGUGCUUUCGACCAGGCAGUGCGCUACCACAGACAAGAGCUGCAGAUAUCCAUGGAGGUGAAUGACCGUGCCUCGCAGGCGUCAACUCACGGGAAUCUUGCAGUGGCAUACCAAGCUCUCGGGGCCCACGAUCGAGCAUUACAACAUUACCAGAAUCAUUUAAAUAUUGCUCGAGAGUUGCGAGACAUUCAGAGCGAAGCUCGGGCUCUGGGCAAUCUCGGAAAUUUCCACUGCUCCCGAGGAGAGUUUCCACAAGCCGUACCCUACUACGAGCAAUACCUACGACUUUCAACAGACCUCCAGGAUAUGGAGAGUGAGGGCAAGGUCUGUCACAAUCUGGGAUACGCACACUACUGUCUGGGCAACUUCCAUGAGGCGGUGAAGUACUACGAGCAAGAUCUGGCACUUGCAAAAGAUCUCCACGACAAGUUGAGUCAAGCCAAAGCGUACUGUAAUCUGGGCCUGGCAUUUAAGGCUCUAGCCGACUAUGCCAAGGCAGAGGAGUGCCAAAAAUACCUUCUCUCCUUGGCGCAGUCGCUUAACAACUCACAGGCUCGAUUCCGGGCCUUGGGAAACCUCGGAGACAUCUUUCUCUGCAAGAAGGACGUUCCUGGAGCGGUCAAGUUUUACGAGCAACAGUUGUCCCUUGCACAUCAAGUCAAGGAUCGCAAGAUGGAGGCUAAUGCUUACGCUGCAUUGGGCGCAGCCUACAGGAUGCUACAGAAGUAUGACAAGGCCUUAGGGUACCACACCCAGGAACUGGAGGUUUAUCAGGAGCAAGGUGACAUCCAGGGUGAGUGCCAGGCUCACGGACAUCUAGCUGCCGUCUACAUGUCCCUCGGCAAGUAUACAAUGGCGUUUAAAUGCUACGCAGAGCAGCUUGAGCUGGGCCAAAGAUUAAAGGACCCCAGUGUUGAGGCCCAGGUCUACGGUAACAUGGGAAUUACUAAAAUGAACAUGGGUGUAAUGGAGGAGGCCAUUGGAUAUUUCGAGCAACAGUUGGCGAUGUUGCAACAGCUCAGUGGCAACGAAGCCGUACUGGAUCGAGGUCGCGCUUAUGGUAACCUAGGAGACUGCUAUGACUCGCUGGGGGAUUUUGAAGAGGCUAUUAAGUAUUAUGAUCAGUAUCUCUCAGUAGCACAGAGCCUAAACCAUAUGCAGGACCAAGAGAAGGCCUACAGAGGUCUGGGCAAUGGACAUAGGGCGAUGGGUAACCUGCAGCAGGCUUUGGUGUGUUUUGAGAAGCGGCUGGUUGUGGCACAUGAGCUUGGCGAGUGUGGAGGUAAAGCCCAGGCGUACGGAGAACUGGGCAACAUACAUAGCCAGCUGGGCAACUACGAGCAGGCUAUUUCCUGUCUGGAACGCCAGCUGGGCAUUGCCCGCGACACCCAGGAUCGAUUGCUGGAGAGUGACGCCAGCUGCGGUCUGGGCACUGUGUACCAGCUGAUGGGCGAGCACGACACGGCGCUGCAGUUUCACCAGCUCGACCUCCAGAUUGCUGAGGAUAUGGGGAGCGCGAGCUGUCAGGGCCGGGCGUACGGGAAUCUGGGCCUCACCUACGAGUCGUUGGGAAAUUUUGAGCGGGCGAUGGUGUACCAGGAGCAGCACCUGAGCAUUGCAGCGCAGACUAAUGACCUGGUGGCUAAGACGCUGGCAUACAGCAGCCUGGGACGAACACAUCACGCCCUGCAGAAUUACUCGCAGUCUGUCAUGUAUCUGCAGGAAGGUUUGCGUCUUGCGGAGCAGCUGGGCCGACGGGAGGAUGAAGCUAAGAUCCGUCACCGUCUGGGACUCUCACUGUGGGCCAGCGGCAAUCUGGAGGAGUCCCAACACCAGCUGUAUCGUGCUUCGGCUCUGUUCGAGACCAUCCGUCAUGAGGCCCAGCACAGCACUGACUACAAACUCUCCCUGUUCGACCUGCAGACCUCCUCGUACCAGGCUCUCCAGAGGGUCCUUGUGAGCCUUGGUCACCACGAUGAAGCUCUUGCCGUAGCGGAGCGCGGACGCACGCGGGCCUUUGCUGAUCUGCUGGUGGAGAGACAGACGGGUCAGCAGGACUCCGAUCCGUACACCCCUGUGACCAUAGAGCACAUACUGAACACUGUGAAUGGGCAGCGUGCCCUGGUGCUCUACUUCUCCCUCGCUGCUGGGUAUCUGUACAGCUGGCUCCUGGCCCCUGGAUCCGGUAUCCUGAAGUUCCAUGAGGUGUAUCUGGGUGAGGGCGCAUCAGAGGGCGGGGCGCCAGACUUCCAGGAGGGCGGCGCCACUGUGCCUGUGGGCACCAGCUCCGUGGGCUCAUCUCUUGAGCAGCACAUCUCUAAUGCACGCGUAGCUCUGGGAGUUGAUUCCUACUACAGCAGAAUGUGUUCCAGCAGUGAAACUGAGAGUGAAGCUGGUGAUCUUCUGGACCAGCAGUUUGAAGAACUCAAUAAUAAACUCAAUUCGGUGACCGACCCCACCGGCUUCCUGAGGAUGGUGUCCAGAAACAACCUCUUCAACAGGAGCUGUCAAAGUAUGACGAGUCUCUUCAGUAACACAGUGUCUCCAGUGAAAGAGGGCUGCUCGCCUGUACCACGCCGCGCCAGUGCACUUAGCAAGCCCCCAUUACGAGCUCUAUACGACCUGCUCAUCGCUCCAAUGGAGGGGGGUCUGAUGCACUCCAGUGGUCCGGUGGGUCGUCACAGGCAGUUGAUUCUGGUUCUGGAGGGAGAUUUGUAUCUCAUUCCGUUUGCUCUGCUGAAGGGCAGCUCAUCUAAUGAGUAUCUGUAUGAACGCUUCUGUCUCAUCGCUGUACCGUCUAUCGGCAGUCUGGGAACCACAGCUAAAGUUCAUCCUCGCAGGACCGGUCCGGUUCUUUGUAAUGGUGGAAGUUCUAUGGCUGCAGUCAUUGGAAACCCUCGUCUCCCACCAUCAGUGAUGGACCGCUGGCUCUGGGGUCCAAUGCCCACCGCUGAAGAGGAGGCUCACAUGGUGGCCGACCUGCUUGGCUGUCAACCGCUGGCCGGCCCCGCGGCCACCAAAGAGAGGGUUAUGAGCGCGCUCACUCAGGCCGAGUGUGCCCACUUCGCCACCCACAUUUCAUGGAAGCUGGCAGCACUGGUCCUCACACCCAGCCAGGAUGGGAGCUCUGGACCGGUGGCGGCUGCACCCAGUGGGGGAGCAGGAGGUGGAGAGGGUGGAGGGAAAUCCAACUACACCAUCCCAGAGAGUCUGCGCGUACAAGACGAUGCCAGUGAUGCAGAAAGUAUUUGUGACAGCCCACCACUGCAGGAGUUUCUGCUCACUGCGGCUGACAUCCUCGAUCUCAGGCUGCCGACUAAAUUAGUUGUGUUGGGGUCGUACCAGGAGUCUGACAGUAAAGUGACUGCAGAUGGGGUUGUCGGUCUAACGCGAGCAUUUCUGGCUGCUGGAGCUCAGUGUGUGCUGGUCUCACUGUGGCCGGUACCCGUUGCCGCGUCCAAGAUGUUUGUCCACGCGUUCUACAGCGCUCUGCUCAAUGGCUCUAAAGCUAGCGCGGCCCUCGCGGAUGCCAUGAAGAGCGUUCAGAGCAGCAAACAGUUCUCGCACCCCACCAACUGGGCAGGCUUCAUGCUGAUUGGCUGUGAUGUAAAGCUGAACAGCCCCUCGUCUCUGAUUGGUCAGGCGUUGGCUGAGAUCCUGCAGUAUCCAGAUAAAGCCAGAGAUGCCCUGAGGGUUCUGCUGCACCUGGUGGAGAAGUCCCUUCAGCGCAUUCAGAACGGCCAGAGGAACUCCAUGUACACGUCUCAGCAGAGUGUGGAGAAUAAGGUUGGGGGCGUGCCAGGCUGGCAGGCGCUGCUGACCGCGGUGGGCUUCAGAUUGGACUCGGCCGGAACGGGUCUCCCCGCGGCAGUGUUCUUCCCCACAACAGACCCUGGAGACAGACUGCAACAGUGCAGCACCACCCUACAGUCACUGCUGGGUUUGCCUCCACCCGCUCUGCAGGCGCUGUGUAAACUGAUCACCGCCUCAGAAACCGGAGAACAACUCAUCAACCGGGCUGUUAAAAAUGUUGUGGGAAUGCUUCAUCAGGUUUUGGUUCAGCUGCAGUCUGGAGAGAAGGAGCAGGAUUUCUCUCUCGCUCCCAUCCAGGUGUCCAUCAGUGUUCAGCUCUGGAGACUGCCGGGCUGUCACGAGUUCCUGGCCGCUCUCGGGUUUGAUCUGUGUGAGGUCGGUCAGGAGGAAGUGGUUUUAAAGACAGGCAAGCAGGCGAACCGUCGCAUCAUGCACUUUGCCCUGCAGUCACUGCUGGCUCUGUUUGAUUCUACGGAGCUGCCGAAGCGUCUGAGCUUGGACAGUUCAUCCUCUCUGGAGUCUUUGGCGUCAGCACAGUCUGUGUCCCACCCGCUGCCCAUGGGUUACCCAAACCCCCCCUUCUCCCCGCCCUGCCUGGACAGCCUGGCCUCAGACGCCAUCUCUGUGUACAGUCUUAGUUCUAUUGCUUCAUCCAUGAGCUUCCUGACCCGGCCUGAGGGUGCCUCUGAAUUUAUCAGCCAGCGCUCACGGCAACAAGAACUAGAGCGCCACCGGGGCGGAGCGGGGCUGUUUGCAUCGCAUCGGCACAUGUCCGUUCCUCGCAGUCGUUCAUCCCCACACGGAGCCGUUGGAGGUCACGAAGAUGAAGAGUAUGAAGGUUACAGUAUAAUCAGCAGCGAGCCACUUGGUGGCCAUUGCGACACGCUUCCACGGCCCGCAAACCACAGGCACCAUCGUGGUGCCGCACGUGGUGGGGCGGGCAGCGGUUAUGCGGUGUCCGUGUCUUCGAGAGGUAGCGUUAGCACUCCAACGUCGCCGGUGAAAACGACCCUGGUGCCAAGUCCAAACUCGCCGUUCCAGAAGGUCGGAAAGGUGAGCAGCUCUGACACCGGAGAGUCCGAUCAGUCCAGUACCGAGACAGACAGCACUGUGAAAUCCCAAGAGGAACGAACACCGGGAGCACCGCUAGACCCGCAGGAACUCGCACAGAAGAUUCUGGAAGAAACGCAUAGCCACAUGCGUGCCGUCGAAACGCUGCAGAGAAGCACCGGGCACGCCCCACCAGGUGAUGCAUUGAGCGGUGGAGAUCCGCCAACCCCGUCAGGAGGGUCUGCUUUUCGUUCCUCGGAGACGAGUGCGUUCAGUCGCCCCAACAGCAGAGCUAGUAUCAAAGCUCAUUCGUCACCUCUCCAGACACGCCCAAAGCCACCAUCCCGUACGUCCUCCCUACAGAAGGUCAGCUCGGGCUACAACAGCCCCGCUACAUCCGAGACAUCUCUAAAAGAAGGCAGCCAACCAUCGCCAACUUCUGACAGUCACGCCCAGUUUAAACUCAAAUACCCAAGCUCGCCCUAUAGUGGCCACAUCUCCCGGUCACCCAGCAACAUCUCGCCCAGCUCAGGCCACCAGUCGCCUGCUGGCAGCGCACCCUCCCCAGCCCUGUCGUACUCCUCGACCGGCUCGACACGCUCCAGCCCAGCAGAUGCUCCAGAUAUCGACCGACUCAAACUGGCUGCAAUCGACGAAAAAGUACAAGCGAUCCACAAUCUCAAGACUUUCUGGGCCAACGCGACCCAACAGCAACACUCUGGACCGAUGAGGGUGCUCCGCGGUGGCAAACUAAGCACCGCCAAGCGAGAUGUUCUAGGCCUACUUAAUCUCUCACCUCGCCAUGCUAUGACAGGCCAGGAUACGUCCCAAGACGUGGGGCUCGAAGAGCUAGAGCACAGUGGCAGGAAUCCGCCCAACGGCCAUCGCAAGAUCGACCCAAAGCGAGUCGCACCUUCUCCAACAGCUUCCACUGGAAGUAGCCCGGGUUCUCACCCCAUUCGACUACCCUCUGGUAAUGGGUAUAAGUUCCUGUCGCCCGGAAGGUUUUUUCCGUCAUCGAAAUGUUGAGGCGUUUUCUUUUGCGUCCUUUUAAAGACUCUUAUUGAGUAUUUAUAACUCUGAAAACAGUGGAAAGGACAGUCUCGGUUAGGAAAUGCACAUUUCCGUAUGUCUCAAACUGCCCACUGUUGUAUUCUGUGUAGAGAGCAUAUAAUCCAUAUGCUUCCACAGACACUGUAACGGACCAUUUAUAUAUGCAGACUGAUCUGAGAUGUGCACAGGGCAUGUCAUACAAAAAAAGAGAUUAUACCAAAUGGUAUUCCAACAAAAAGACGCUCGCUGUUUGUGUUAGUGAAGAUGAUGCGGCUUUGACUGGUUUUAUUUCAUUUGAUUUUUUUUGUUUCAUUUGUAUUAAUAUAAUUAUUGUUAUUAUUAUUAUGGAUUGUUAUUACAGUUAUUUGUUUUGUAAAUUAAAUCAAUGUUUUGCAAUCAGUAUUAUACAUUUUUAUAUUGUUAAAGAAGCAAAUCAUGCACAAAAGAAGAAAAAACAUUUUCAUAUUUUUAUUGAGAUUGUGACCUGCACCUGACCUGACUUCUAUGUGAAUUGAGUGUCAGUAUUAAAGCAUGGGUUCUCUUGCUCUCCUGUGAUUCAGUGUCUUUCUAACAAAGAUUUUGCAUAUGUGGACUCUCAUUCAGACAUAUUUCAUUCUUUUUUCAGUAAAAUGGACUCAA